AUGGCAGAUCCGACAGAGCCUACUCCAGGCGAGUCGGCUAAUCCGCCGGCUGAAUCGAUUGCUCCAGCGCCGGCGACGAGUGAGGUGCCGGCGACGACUGAGCAACCUUCAGUUGAAGCAAACGUGCCCCCGCCAGAAUCAAACCCGGUUCCUACGCCGACAAUUGAGCCUCAACCAGAACCAUCACCAGCGCCGCCAGCGGCAUCAGAAAUCUCAGCGCUAUCAGGAACCCCAGCGCCAUCAGAACCUCCAGUACCUCCAGCACCCGCGGAGCCUUCAGCACCUCCAGCACCUCCAGCACCUCCAGUACCCGCGGAAACCUCAGCAUCUCCAGCACCCCCAGCACCGUCAACCUCAGAUACAACUGCAAACCACCCUGAACUCACUAGCAGUUCUGCAGAAGAGACCAACCACUCGGCGCCUGCGCCAAUCGUUACCACGUCCUCCAUAAUAUCUUCACUUCCAGCAAUGGACACAUCCCUCCCGCCGAUCGAUUCGUCUCACUCUUUGGAUGAUAACGAGCUUCCUUCAUUUGAUGCAGCGCUUCGCGCUGUGAGCUCCUCCGCGGCAGACCUGUCGCUUCCGGCGAUUGACACCACUCUGCCCUCGCUGGACUCAACCCUACCAGCGAUUGGUACGGAUAUUCCGACCAUGGAUCACCCAUUCGGUGAUGAUAGCCCCUUUGCACACCACGACUCACACGAUGGGUCUGAACACGCUCUAAAUGUUGGCCAUGAUGGCACUCACCAGGGAUCUAUCAAUGGUUCUACCCAUUACCAGGCGCCGUCUAAUGACAACUACCAGACGUCAAAUGGUAACUACCAAUACAACCAGAACUCACAACACGAUGGACGACAACAAUCGCAGGUUUCCCCUCAGCACCAGUACCACUCUCAACCGCCGCAGGGUUACCAACAGCAGACUGACAUGUACCACAACACUGGUGGAGGCUUCGCGAGUGUCAACGCAAACUCCAACAAUGGCCAGGGACAGCCUGGCCAAAUGCCUCAAGCCCCAAUCGGAUCUCCCAUGCCUCCGAUGUCAUCGAUGGGGCAGUAUAUGACUGGCUAUCCAUCAAAUGUGUCUCCCUCGAACUCGUACUCACUACCGGGAGAUCCCAAUAAGAUGCUCUCCGGUGGACGACAUAAGAAAGAAGUCAAGCGACGCACAAAAACUGGAUGUUUGACAUGUCGCAAGCGACGAAUUAAGUGCGACGAAGGACAUCCGGUCUGCAGAAAUUGUGUGAAGAGCAAGCGCGAGUGUCUAGGUUACGACCCGGUGUUUCGCCCUCAAGCCUCUGCUCCCUCGGCCAUCCAGCCAGCUCCAAACCCUCAGGCACCGUCGCUUGUCGUCAACCCCCAAGGCCCUCCUGUGCCUUCUGCGCCUUCUUAUCCUUCUGCGCCACCUGGUUACAUGCCCGCAUCCUCCCAACCUUUCGCGCCAUCUCUCCACUCCGAAUCUCCCAGCGCCUCGACCGACCAGCACGAUAACGGAGCUGGCAUCGACCAUUCUCUCGCGACCAGUAACGCCUCACAUCAUUCAAAUAUGCAGUCUGUCAAUGAAUUCCGGCCUCAGAGCUCGGAGCAGGUCUACAAAGCCAAGAACCUGAAUAUCAAUGACUUGAUCGCUCUACGGGGUAUCGCUCCACCACCUCCCAAUCCUAUCGGCUCCCUUCCUCCCGGCCGCCUCGAAGAGAUUCAAGCAGUGUUCCUAGCCACAUACGCCCCAGCAAUUGACAAGCUGUUGGAGGUUCGAUGGUACACAGACAAGGCACUAUCCACUCUCAUGGCGGAUGCGCAGCUCAUGGCGGACUACUCGGCCUUGAUCAAUGCGUUCAACGAUUGGAAUCUUAAUGACGGAAACACGGUCGCCCGCUUGGAGAGUUUCGAGGCUUCCAUCAUCUGGAGAAGCAUGACCCUGUGCCGGCAGGUGCAGACAACAGAGAAUGGGCAACACGGCCAGGACUGGAAUCUGCUUGCAGCGACUACGCGUCUUAACGCGAUCGAGGCUCUGAUCACCUGGACCCACCUCGAUCAGAACUCCUUGUCACGAGCGCUACGAACGGAGGCUGCAACCCCACCCCAUCAGCCUGAUCAAUUCAUGCAACGGCAAUUGGACUUCUGGAGCGAACUUGGAGACUUCCUCACUCUUCACGACAAUGAAGCCAGCGCGGCCAAGCAGAUCGACGACACCUUGGGCCGAUGUCGCCAAUUGCUCGAUACAUAUGAAAACCGUGACAUUAUCUACUCCAUCGCCAUUGCACGGCACCUUGGCCAACGCUGGCCCGACUUCCCCAACAGUCUUCCCAAGGUUGGAUACACGGCUGAGAAGGAGUCCGGCACGAAGCUGUUUGUCGCGCAGAAGUUCAUCGAAGAAGAGGCCGAGGGUAAGGGCACCACGCAAAUCUACAAGCGAAUCUGCUGCAUGGCAGUUCGCUCUUGGUGGGUGGCUCGCGAGUAG